GAGUAUUCUUCAAUUAUAUAGUUGGGAGAUUAUAAAAAGGUUCAUGUGAUACAUAUGGUCCACAAAAGUUCUCUUUACAACUGGGCUACUCAAAAUCCUUUUGGCUCUGGCUGGAGCUAGCUAAAUAUAAUUAAUUGAAUGUCCGUCUGAGAAAUCAAUUAGAUUUUAUUUUUUAAAAGAAAAUUGUGGGAGACAACCAAAACAUAUUUUAAGGACCCAUUAGUGUUGGGUCAUUUUUAAAUAAAAAGAAGAAGAAAAAAACCUUGCUCUUCUUUUUAGCUAUAUAUAUAUAUAUUAUAAUAUCUAUUUAUCACACCCAACUCCAUUAUCUCAUUUCUCUGUUUAAGUAAUCAUCCCAAAAAUUACUCAAUUAAUCAGAGCCCCGAAAAUGUUAGCUUGUUUAGUUGAACGAUUGGUAGCAGAGAACGACACUGAUUCGAUACCUGAUCCUGAAAAAAGUGUUGACAUACAUGGUGUUUUGAAAGACUUGAAUAUUGAAGGAAGCAUUGAUUAUGGAGUUACGGCGAUAAGUUUAGGCAGUACAGAUUUCGGCGGCUUAUAUUCAGAGAAGCCUUUAGCCGUUAUACGUCCAGCCGGAGCCGAUGACGUUGUGCGGGUAAUUAGGCGAGCGUUAGAGUCACCAACAUUAACUGUAGCGGCGAGAGGUAACGGUCAUUCCAUUAACGGCCAAGCUAUGGCCCACCAUGGACUGGUAAUCGAUAUGAAAUCAAUGGCUGAUAAUAACAGAAUCGUUGUAAAUGUCAAUUUCAUGUACGUCGAUGUUGGUGGUGGAUCAUUAUGGAGUGAUGUAUUGAAACAUUGCGUUUUGAAAUACGGCUUGGCUCCUAAAUCGUGGACGGAUUAUCUUGAUUUAACCGUCGGAGGUACUCUGUCUAAUGCCGGCGUUAGUGGUCAAACUUUCCGAUUUGGGCCCCAAACGUCAACUGUAACGGAAUUGGAAGUUGUUACCGGAACCGGAGAAAAAUUCAUCUGUUCAAAUUCUCAACAUUCUCAGCUAUUCUUCUCUGUUCUUGGUGGACUUGGUCAGUUUGGUAUCAUUACUAGAGCUCGGGUUUUGCUUCAACCCGUCCCAGAUAUGGUGAGAUGGAUAAGAGUGGUAUAUAGUGAAUUCGACGAGUUCAGUAAUGAUGCUGAGUUACUGAUAACAAGUCCAGAAUCGUUUGAUUAUGUGGAAGGGUUUGUGUUUGUGAAUAGUAAUGACCCGGUAAAUGGAUGGUUAUCAGUGCCAUUAGAUUCAAAUCAAACAUUUGAUCCGACCCAUUUACCCAAGAAAAUUGGUCCGGUUCUGUAUUGUCUUGAAGUGGCGUUGCAUUAUAACAAGCAUGACGAUCCCUUCAUUGUAAAUAUGAUGAUUGAGAAAUUGCUAGGCAAAUUGAGAUAUUUGAAGCAUUUUAGAUUUGAAAUCGACUUGACUUAUAUGAAUUUCUUAUCACGAGUUGAUCAUGUAGAAGAAGCGGCUAGAGGUAGUGGUAUAUGGGCUACACCUCAUCCAUGGCUUAACAUGUUCGUUUCCAAAAAAGAUAUUGAUGCAUUCAAUCGAAUUGUGUUUCAAAAUAUCUUAAAAAAUGGUGUCAAUGGCCCUAUAUUAACCUAUCCUCUCCUGCGUAGCAAGUGGGAUAAUCGAUGGUCAGUGGCGUUACCAAAAAAUGAAAUAUUUUAUUUAGUGGCUUUGCUAAGGUUUAGCCAUGCACAUCCAACGGAGUCAGAAAUAAAUCAAAUGGUGGCACAAAAUGAGGAGAUUGUACAAACUUGUAUCAAGAAUGGAUUUGAUUUUAAAAUGUAUCUACCUCAUUACAACUCCACAGUUGAAUGGAAAAGGCACUUUGGGGAUCAAUGGGGAAGAUUUGUCAACAGGAAGAGGCAGUUUGAUCCAAAGUAUGUCCUUGCACCUGGCCAAAAAAUAUUUACUAGAAAUCACCAAUUCUAAUAAAUAUAUACUAUUAAUAAUUACUUGUAGGGUAGGUCAAGUUUUACAUUUUACAAAAUUUGGAAUUGAAGUUAAAAUUCUUGUGUAAAUUUCAUCAACGGACCUUGAUUUUAAUCUAAAAAUUUGAAAUUGAGAUUCAAAAACAUAUGGUCAAAUGCCACCAACUUUUGUUUGUACUAAAGAUGUUAAAAGAAAUUAGGAAUAUACACAGAAAUGAGAAACUGUCCACAUUAUAUUAUUAGCUUAGA